CUUCUAUUUGUUAAUUACACUCCAGAGUAUAAAAUCAAUUUCUUUCCUCCUUUUCACUAAUUUUCCUGAUGUUUUGUGACCUUCCAAUUUUGUAAACAGCAAUGUAACUGAAGUAGCUCACAAUCGUUCCAGAAUCAAUCGCACAUAGUUGGUAUAUAGUAUAUCUACACUAGCGCCGCUGAGAGCGGUUUAUCAAAUGGUAAAAAUUUCAUAACCUAAGUAGUUUGUAAUGAAUUUAAAUGUUGUCAAAAACUAUUCUUCGUAAAAUAGGCUGUCAUAUUAAAGAAAUUUAAAAACGUAAGAGAACUUUUAUCACAAUGGUACAACAUAAGCAUACACGUUCUUCACGUGUGACUCCAAAACAUUUAGAUCCAAAAUGUUUAAUGUUUUCUAUGUUUACUGCAAAUGACAUAAGAAAUUUAAGCGUUACGAAAAUAAGAACACCUUUAUCAUUUAAUAUCUUAGGACAUCCACUGAAAGGAGGUUUAUAUGAUCCAGCAUUAGGUCCACUUUUAGAAAGCUCAGAUCCAUGUGGAACAUGUGGAUGCAAUGUAUUCAAAUGUCAAGGUCACUUUGGGCACAUAGAACUACCCAUGCCAGUCGUCAAUCCAUUAUUUCAUAAGGGAUUGUGCAUGUUAAUUAAGUUGGCUUGUUUAAAGUGCUUUACUCUACAGAUUCCACCUUAUGUCAAAUUAUUGUUAUCUACAAAACUAAGGCUACUUCAACAAGGAUAUCUCAGUGAUGUUGAAGGUUUAGAACAAGAAAUAAUGUUUAUUGUUUCAAAUUCAAAUGACCCUUAUGAUGUUGAUUUAGAAUCUUUACAAAAUGUGACUGAUGACUACAUAGAAAAUCUUAUUAAUAAAUCAAGGUUUAAUCAGUCUGCUGUGCAAUAUAAUGAAGAUCAGUUGAAUACAAAAAAUAUCAAUAUGCAAUGGCAUAUGUAUGUUGAAAAUGUUCUUAAGCAAUACACAGCUCCAAAAAUAUGUAAGAAUUGUCAAAAGCCUAUACCAAAAAUUACAACAUUAAGAAAUAAAAUUAUGACAAUUAAAACUCCUAAUGAAGAUGAAAAGAAGAUUGAAAAGGUACGUUCGCGUGGAACAAUUCACAAAUUGGAAACAACCAUGAUAUUGCCAGAUCAGUCUAAAGAGAUUCUUAGAAAACUUUGGGAAAAUGAAGGGAAUUUUCUGAAAAUUAUUUUACCUUGUUUUGGAAUGGUAGAUAUUGAAUAUCCAACUGAUGUCUUUUUCUUUGAAGUGAUACCAGUUUUGCCACCUAUAGUUAGACCAGUUAACUUUGUUAAUGGUCAAAUGAUAGAGCAUCCACAGUCUCAAGUUUACAAAAGCAUUAUUCAAGAUUGUCUUGUCCUUCGUAAUAUUAUUCAAACAAUUCAAGAUGGAAAUACGAAUCAGUUGCCAGAGGAGGGUAAACUUGUUUUUGAACAAAUAAAAGGUAAUACAGCAAUUGAAAAAUUACACAAUGCUUGGCAAAGUUUACAAAUAAAUGUGGACCAUUUGAUGGAUCGUGACAUGAAUAAAACAGCAGAGUCUGCAAAUUGCCAGGGAUUGAAACAAGUUAUAGAAAAGAAAGAAGGAGUUAUUAGAAUGCAUAUGAUGGGAAAAAGAGUAAAUUUUGCAGCUCGUUCGGUUAUUACACCAGAUCCUAAUUUAAACAUAGACGAAAUUGGUAUUCCUGAAACUUUUGCUUUGAAGUUAACAUAUCCGGUACCUGUUACCUCUUGGAAUGCUGCGUGGUUACGAAAACUGAUUUUGAAUGGUCCUGAUGUUCAUCCUGGUGCAGUAAUGGUUGAACACGAAGACGGAAGUGUACAGAGAAUUUCUGGCGAUAACGAUCAACAACGAAAAGCUAUUGCAAAACGUCUUUUAACCAGUGAUAAAGCACAUAAAUUUUUCAAAGGUGUUAAAGUAAUACACAGGCAUUUACAAAACGGAGAUAUUUUAUUAUUAAAUCGUCAACCAACUUUACAUAAACCCAGUAUAAUGGCUCACAAAGCACGUAUUUUAAAAGGAGAGAAAACAUUACGUCUUCAUUACGCUAAUUGUAAGGCUUAUAAUGCAGAUUUUGACGGUGACGAAAUGAAUGCACAUUUUCCACAAAAUGAACUUGCUAGAAGUGAAGGAUACAAUAUAGCCAAUGUGUCUAAUCAAUAUCUUGUACCCAAAGAUGGUACUCCAUUAAGUGGUCUUAUUCAGGAUCACAUGAUUUCUGGUGUACGUUUAACGGUAAGAGGAGCAUUCUUUUCUCGUAUAGAUUAUAUGCAACUAGUUUAUGCUGCUUUAUCGACGAUAAAAGAUGAUAUAAUUCUUCUUCCACCUAGUAUUAUCAAACCGACACCUCUGUGGUCCGGUAAACAGAUUGUAUCGACCGUUAUUAUCAAUAUUAUCCCGCCAAAUCAAGCACGUAUUAAUUUAACGGCAAGCGCUAAAAUCAAUGCGAAAGAAUGGCAAGUCGCAAAAGCAAGACGUUGGAGAUGCGGUACUGAAUUUUCAAAUCCUAAAACAAUGUCGGAGGCUGAAGUUAUCAUACGAAAUGGAGAAUUAUUGUGUGGAGUACUGGAUAAAACCCAUUACGGUGCAACACCAUUUGGUCUUAUACAUUGUGUUUUCGAACUGUACGGUGGUGAUUGUUCUACAAAAUUAUUAAGCGCAUUUGGUAAAUUAUUUCAAGCUGGCUUACAACUAAAUGGAUUCACACUAGGUAUUGAAGAUAUCCUGCUGUUAAAAAAGGCAGACACGAAACGUAGAGAAAUUAUAUCUAAUUGUAGAAACAUUGGAGAAGACAUUCAAAAAUCAAUAUUGGAAUUACCUGAUGAUACAUCCACAGAUGUAGUUACCUCCAAAAUGGAAGAAUCUUAUUGGAGUAACCCUAAAUUUCGUGCGCAGGUCGAUCGAAAAUAUAAAACCGCUUUAGAUGUUUACACUAACGAUAUAAAUAAAACAUGUUUACCAGCUGGUCUUCUAAAAAAAUUCCCAGAUAACAAUUUACAAUUGAUGGUUCAGUCUGGUGCAAAGGGUUCUACUGUAAAUACUAUGCAAAUAUCUUGUUUGCUUGGACAAAUAGAAUUGGAGGGAAAGCGGCCACCGUUAAUGAUAAGUGGAAAAAGUCUUCCAAGUUUUCCGGCAUAUGAUCCAACGCCAAGAGCUGGUGGUUUCAUCGAUGGUCGUUUCAUGACAGGUAUAAAACCUCAAGAAUUUUUCUUCCAUUGUAUGGCUGGUCGUGAAGGUCUUAUCGAUACUGCUGUAAAAACUAGUAGAUCAGGAUAUUUGCAACGUUGCCUGAUUAAACAUCUUGAGGGAUUAGUUAUUAACUACGAUACAACAGUACGAGAUUCAGAUGGUAGUCUAGUACAAAUUUAUUAUGGAGAAGAUGGACUUGAUGUACCAGGUUCACGGUUCUUGAGGAAAGAACAGAUAAACUUUUUAGUGGACAAUAAAAACGCGAUCAUCGAUGAAGAAGACGCAAGAUACUUGAAAGAAGUUUCAGACACGGAUAAAAUCUUGAAACUGGUAAAGAGAAUUAAGAAGUGGGAAAGUAAACACGGAAGUUCCUUACAAAAGAGAAGAAUUAGUCCAUUUGCAAAAUUCUGUGUAGAAAAUACUAAUACUAUUAAAGCCUCAAAAUUUAAGAGAUUGGAUGAAAACAGUGGAAGAAGUAAAGCUGCACUUUCACUUAUGAGGAAAUGGAUAAGAACCACGGAAGAAGAGAGGAAACCAAUUUAUAAUCAAUGUACCGAAUGUCCUGAUCCAGUGAUGUCGAAGUACAGACAAGACGUAGACUUUGGUGUGCUUUCCGAACGAUUAGAAAAAUUAAUAGAUGAAUACAUGGCCAGUACAUCUAGAAAUGUUGAUGUUAGUAGAAAAGAUUUAAGGGAUAUCCUGUCGAUGAAAGUGAUGAAAAUUGUUUGCCCACCCGGUGAACCGGUAGGUUUAUUAGCGGCGCAAUCAAUAGGAGAACCAUCCACUCAGAUGACCUUGAACACUUUCCACUUUGCUGGUCGUGGAGAAAUGAAUGUCACGCUAGGUAUACCUAGAUUGCGUGAAAUACUUAUGAUGGCAUCGAAAAAUAUUAAAACACCUAGCAUGGAAAUACCGUUUAGGAACGAUUUAAAAAAUGUAACAAAAGUCUCUAAUAGGUUGAAACUAAAAUUGACAAAGUGUAUUUUGUCAAAUGUUUUAGAUAACAUUAGCGUAAAUAGGAAAUUGAAACAUACUCCAAAUAGGCAACUAGUAUAUACUAUAAAUAUGAAUUUUCUUCCAUAUAAAUCGUACAAAGGAGAAUUUUGUGUUCAGCCGCAUGAAAUAUUGAAGAAAACGGAAUUUGUAUUUUUCAAAGAAAUGUUUAGGGAAAUCAAGAAAGUUGCUAAAGUAGCAGGUGCUUUGCUACAUGUUGAAGAGGAAAAGAAAUCACCAUAUGACAACGACGCAUUACUGGAUCAAGCUGAACCUGAUGAAGGAGCAGAAUACAGACCUCGAGCAAACUUAGGAGAAAUGCACGAGUCUUCAGAUGAAGAAGAGGCAGCAGAAGACGCGGAUGCAACGUUAACGCGAUCAAUUUCUCGGCACAAUGAAAAUCAAGAAUAUGAAGAUCCAGAAGAAGAGGAAAUAGAUGAUGCCAAUGAAAAAGAUGAUGAUGUAGAAAUGGAAAAUGAGAGAACAGAAGGUACAGAGCAGCCAGAAGAAGAAGACGAAGCUGAAUAUACAAAAACAGAAGUAAGCAGUAACCGUAGAAAGAGAGAUGUAAAAGGCAUGUACCAUAAUGUGCUAGACUAUGAUUAUGAUGAGGAGAAAUAUUCAUGGUGCAAAUUAACAUUUUGGCUACCUCUUAACAUGAUAAAAUUAGAUUUACCAAGAAUAAUUAGAACUGUGGCAGAAAAAGUUGUUUUAUGGGAGGUUCCGUAUUUAAAACGAGCAUUUACAUUCCAGAAUAAUACUGGAGAUACUAUCCUUAAAACGGACGGUAUAAAUAUAAUAGAAAUGUUCAAAUAUGAUAAAUCGCUAGAUUUAAAUAAAUUGUAUUCGAACGAUAUUUAUGGUAUUUCUCAAACAUACGGCAUCGAAGCAGCUAAUAGAGUUAUUAUGAAGGAAGUAAAAGACGUGUUCAAAAUGUAUGGUAUCACAGUCGAUAUUAGGCAUUUAUCGUUAAUCGCGGAUUAUAUGACAUUCGAUGGUACAUUUCAACCUCUUAGUCGUAAAGGAAUGGAGGAUUCAGCUUCACCAUUGCAGCAAAUCAGUUUUGAAAGUUCUCUUACGUUUUUGAAAAACGCCACGUUACAAGGAAAACGAGACAACUUGGUAUCUCCUUCCAGCAGAUUAAUGUUGGGCCAACCUUGCAAAGCUGGUACUGGAAUAUGUUCAGUGUUGCUAAAAAUGCAACCAGACCUAGAGACUUCUUUGUCAGUGGGUGCAUAAAUAAAUGAUUAUGAAAUGUUUAUAACAGAUUUAUGUUGAAAAUACGAUAAUAGUGAUAUAAUUGUACAUAAAUUUAAUACUUUA